UUGUUUUGGUAGAACUGUCCUACCGUUAAAUACGUUUUCGUAAAUCUAAUGCAAGUGAAUGUGGUGCCGCGAGUGUUCGACAUUCAAAAAACUUUAAAUUUCAAUCAUUUAUCAUCCAACAAGGUGAAAAAUUUGAAAAUAAAAUAAUGUCGGGUGACGUACAACCAAGAAAGCGAAAAGAUAGGAGACGCAAGAAAGAUGAGGAAGAAUCGGGUACACCUCCACCAACGUUGACGAAUACAUCUGAAAGUGUGAUAGAUAACGUUAGCAUACAUAUUUAUAAAGAAAAUAGUACGGGUGGCCAUUGGUGCGCGCGUAUUAUAUUUUUCAUAUUACUUGCUGUAUUAAUUGCAUUAACCGGAGUUAUUAUUUUUGAGCAUAGAGGAACUACAGAUGUUGAUACACCAAUAGCUGAAUCAAGGUGGGCUAGUAUAUUUGAUGGAUGGGUUGAUGAUACCCUUCCAAGUCAUGGGGAUGAAUCCUAUGAUGAAAAAGAAGUAGAAGGUAGUGAGGAAGAAGAAGAACACGAAGAAGAAGAAGAAGAAGAAGAAGAACAUGAAGAAGAAGAAGAAGAGGAAGAAGAGGAAGAAGAGGAAGAAGAGGAAGAAAGAACGGAAGAAGAAGAAGAAGAAGAAGAGGAGGAGGAGGAAGAAGAAACAGUUGAUGCGAUAACAAAAUCAGCUGAAGAAGAAGAAGAAGAAGAAGAAGAAGAGAGAGAAGAAGAAGGUGAAGAGGGUGAAGAGGAAGAAGAGGGUGAAGGGGAAGAAACUGUUAAAGAAAAUGAAGAUGAUAAUGAGGAUGAAGGUUUAGGUAGUGAAGAAGUGAAUAAAUAUGAGGAAAAUGAUGAUGAAGGAGAAGAAGGAGAGGAAGAAGAAGAUGAUAAAGAAACGACAAUUUCAAAGGAAGAAGCUGACGAAGAUGAAUCCAAUAUGGAAGAUGAGGGUGUCGAUCGUGGAGAAUCUAAUAUGGAAGAUGACAACGACGAUUUAAAUCAACAAAAUUUUGAUGACACUGAUGUGCUAGAAGAAAUGGAUAAUAAAAGUGACGAAGAUAAUGAUAAUAAUAACGACAACGAUAAUAAUAAUGAUAAUGAUGAUGAUGAUGAUAACGAUGUCGAGGAUAGUAUCUUAAAAAAAGACACGAAUAAUUAUUACAUUAGUAAAGAAAUUGUUGAUGAAGUUUCUGAGGAACGACAAGAAGAAGAUGAGGUGUUUGAGGAAUUUGUUGCUAUACCAGGUGUACUCGAAGUGGACGAUUACAGUGCUGAACCUUUGGAAGAGAUAGAGGAUGGAGAACCCGAAGAAGAUGUGAAUGAUGUAGACAUUGAACCGGAAGUUGAAGAAAUACAAGAAGAAGAAGAAGAAGAAUCUACGAGUGUGCCAGUGAAGUUCGGAGUUGGUGUUGCACUUAUCAUUGCUGCACAUUUUGUUCUCGUUAGGCGAUGGAACAACGCCGAUGCCGAAUUAAUUCGACUUUCCCAUAACGACGAAGUGAUUAAUCUAACCAGACGGAAUACUAUAAUAGUUCCACCAUCGGUUAAAGAAACUGGAAAAUUAAAAACAGAGGAUAACAAGCAAACAAUUACGCCAAAGAAGAAACAAACUUAUGAGACUUUACGAUCGCAAUAUGAAAAAUUAAAAGAUGACGAUAUACCGAAAAAUGUUUCUCUAGAAAAAACUUCGAAUCAAUUGGAAGAAGAAAUUUUGAUUGCACGUAAAAUACAAGGGGUUGAUAAAGUAAAAGAGAAACAACAAUCGAAAGUUAUGUCAUCCGAAGAAGAAGAAACGGAAGAUGUUGAUGAUGAAUUAGAGACAUCAGAAGGAGAACGUGUUUCGGGUGGUGAAGAAUACGAAGAAGAUGAUGAAGAAGAAGAACAAGAACAAGAAGAAGACGAAGAGGAAUUGGAAGAUGAAGAGGAAGAAGUUGACGAAGAAAUAGAAGAUGUCGAUGAUUCGGAAUUGGUUGCCAGAUUAGAGGCAAAAUAUGGUAAAUUGGCAACUCCGCAAGACAGUGAGCUUGAGGAUGAAAUAGAAGAUGAAGAAGAGAUUGAAGAUGAUUAUGAAGAGGAAGAAGAAGAAGAGGAAAUAGAAGACGAGGACAUAACAGGAUGGAAACGUAUAAAAGCACCUAAAGAACCAAUAGGACCAUCUAAAUCUGUACCUGCAACUAUUGAUAAAUCUGGGAUUAGUUCUAAACAAGGAGUUUCUACAUCGAAAGGUGGUAAAUCAAUAAAUGAUUUUCGAAAUCUAUCAAGCCUGGAUGAUUUGAUAAUAUACGAAGAAAGAGAAAUACCUCUGGAAAUUGAUUAAAGUUUCACCCUCUGUAAUCCAUCUCUUAGCAUUAUCCAUUUAUUUCCAUGGAUCAUUUUUUCAUGUGUUUAUAUAUAUAUGUAUAUAUAUAUAUAUGCACACAUACAUAAAAUACCAAUUAUGAUUUCUUAUAAUUUUAAAUGAGAACACGUAAAUCUUUCAUUGCGAUUAUUAAUGUUAAAAGGUGAAAGAAAAAUAAUAAUUAGAAGAAAAUAAAUCAACGAUAUAACAAUUUAAGGAUUAAAAAACAAUAAUAGAGGGAAAUGAUUAUAUGAUUUCAAU